GGCGACAGUUGCCUCGGAUGCACAGCAUAAGAAUGCAGAGCCCAGCGUUUUGUUGGGCAGCAUUCACAACAUCGCACAUGGCGGCGUUACCGGUGGCUUGGGCGGCACUUGCGACGAGACGAGGAUUGUAGACAGCCCAUUGGAACCCGGAGAUGUUGGUUGCGUGUUCCCUCGUGAGAUUGUCGAUUUCAUCAUCGACCAUCUUGGCCAGCCAGAGUCUCGCAGUGUCUUGCAAGAGUGCUGCCUAGUCUGUCGGGCCUGGGUUCCUCGGGUGCGACUCCACCUCUUUAGACGUAUCAAGAUCCGCGUCGAAAAACUAGGUGGCGAUUGCAAUGAUCCGCGACAGGAUACUCUGCACGCAUUUUCCGCAUUCCUGUCCCAAGCUCCCCCUUCAGUAACUCAUAACAUACGUGAGCUGGAGGUUUCAGGCGUCCGACCACGGCCGACAGUGUCUCUUACAUCCAUUUGGAACGUGGCCAUCAAACUACCUUCCCUACACACCCUUCGUACCUCUUUCCUAAGAAUCGUUGGUCGCAUUGAACAUCGGGAUGCAGUUCACUCCUUUACAUCUCUGCAGCUGGACAGUUUUAUAAGUAUUGACGCAUUCCUUGGCCUCCUCCUGCUUUCUUCUAACCCGAUAACACUCGAAAUGUCCCCAAUCGCACUCGUCUUCGGCGACAUUGCAGAAGGUGUCAAUGCUUAUAUGAAGCCAUCACCACCGGCGUGCGUGAGGCUGCGAAGUUUGACGCUUUUCAGAGAUCAUAUGAACUCUCUAUUCGCGGGCCAUCUUCUCCCUAUGAUAUCGGAGAAUGCGCUGACCAGUCUCUCCUUGUGGUGCAUUGUCACCGACGAACAAAUGGAUCUGAGAAAUGCGGGCAAGCUCAUCCGCCACGCUCACCGGACACUUGAACAUCUAAGUCUCAAGUUGAGUUCGUCGCUGGAUGAUGAAGGUACACAAGAGAUAGCUCGCACGGGCCUCAACUUGGAUCUGUGCACGUCGCUCGCCUCGUUUGACCUCAAUCUGUCAUAUACACGUACAUUUCUGCGUCUGUUCGUUCGCACACUCUUCAAGGAGCUCUUCUCUCGACGCCCAGAGCAUAUACGGACACUCCAGUUCAUAGUUUUUCGCGUCGACAGCCUUGACGACAUCACGGGACUCGACCAGACUCUGCACUCAUCCAUGCCACCUGGCUCGAGCACCAGGGUUCGUCUGGCUUGGGGUGGCUUUGGACCUGCGAGAGCCGUAACACCUGAAGAACGUGAUGCCUUCGUGGAAGCCAUGCCCCUGCUGCGUGAUCGUGGACGACUCUACUUUCACCCCGAUGGCGAUUCCAACCUAUCUAUUCCGUGGAAUGCCUGUGCUGAGGUGCACGGCUGUAGAUAAUCUUGUAGUGAAUUGAAUGG